CUUGUGAUGCUGCAGAAGUGUUUCUGACAGGGAGCAGACACUGACUGACAUCUGUAAGGUGAUAUAGUUAUUGGCAAACUGUGUGCUACUGUGACGUGAUUGGCCAUGGAAUGGAAGAGCAACCUGAGGCGCACCCAGUCACUGAGGAACGUCCCCUCAUCAUGUGACAAGCCCACCUGGACAGGGGCAGGGCUGCGGGACAAGACAACGUCUGUGUCCAAGCUAGUUGCCAGGUAUCAAACCACAGUGGAAGUAAGCACAACUUUUCAAGAAACUUUGGUAAAUAAUGGUGAAGCAAAGCCAAAGCAGGUGUUAAAAGAGAUAACACCAUCUCUUCUGGAGAGUAAAGAGACUAAUUUGGAAACUCUGCUGUGGAGAAAUGAAGAGAGGGAGCGGUCUCGAGCCAAGACCAAUUUGGCCCGCAGUAAGUCAGUGGGGAGCCUUCAAAACAGCACUUGGUCCAUAGAGGCCCUGAAGGUUCUGUUUGAGUCAAAGGCAGCCACACAAAACAAGGUGAAGAGCAGCUUCAGAGCUGCAAGUUUCAAAUCACCUUACAAGGCAGCAGAUAUCAUGCCGGUGAUGAAUGGAGAGGUUGAAAAUCUAAAGAGCUCUGCAGAGCAACUGAAGACCCAAAUUCCUGCUGACGCUCCAGAUGAUGAUGCAAAAAAAGAUCAUGUGACUCGGAAGGUGGUGCAUCAGACCCGGGUGGAGAGGAGAAAAACAAUAGGGGGUAUUGAUUUUGAAAAAAUUGCAGCCUCUCAAGAUGAUGAAAAGAGGAGGUCAAUUGCAGAUUUCAGAGACAGCUCCUUCAUCCAAACCAAGGAGACACUGUGUGUCUCGGUCAAAGCUAUGUCUGCUCUCUAUCAGUCAAAAGUGUCACCUCAGGAAUCAACAGGCCUUUUAAAAUCGGCACAAGAUCAGUCAUCUGAAUCUGGAAAAAGGGUCAAACUAACCAAGAUGGACAAAGGCUCCCAACACAGGAAAGAUGACCUCCUUCCAACUCCUUUAACCAGACAUCAGCCAGGGUCAGAUGACAUCUCUGGAGCACAUUUCCAACAGUCCAUGCCAUCCCAACUCUCCAAAGAAAAGUUAUACCAACAGCGGCAGAAGUCUGAGCUGAAAAGACUCCUGAAGCACACUCACCCAGAGCUGAAGAUGUUGGAUGAUGUUGUGGAUGAGGAGCUUGCUGAGGUUUUGAGCACAGAGACUGGGGGGACAACUGGCGAAACUGGAUACGAGGGAGAGGUCCUUUCAAGACGCUUGAUAUUUGAGAACUGUGCUUUGAGUGACAAAAUAUCUUCUUACACCCCAAAGAGGCAGAUGGCAGACGGAACAGUGGAAAGCGGCGAUAUCAGUAAAACAUCAUCUGUAUUUAAGGAGCAUGAAGAGACGCCAUGGUGUGAAAGUGUUAAAGGGAUUGUGGAGGAUGAUAAAAGGCUUGGUUCUAGUCCAGAUCCUAACACAGAGUGUGAAGAGGACAUGAUAAGAAUAGAUUUUCAAGCUACCAGAGGGAUAUUUGAGAGUCAGUCUGUGAACACAUCAAGACUAAUGCCAGAUAAUAAGUUUGAGGGGAAAGUUUCUAUUUCUGGGGAUGAGACAGGGGCAGUCCAAAAACAGGAGCAUAAAAAGGAGAAUCUACACAGCAAAAACAAAACCAUUACAUGUACCAAAAGUCUUCAUUUGACAGAUCAGCCCCAUAAACAAGGGCCAUGUGUUCCUAUCAUUGGUCAAAGCACUGACCAUCGGUUUUCUGAUAGGGAAGCGGUUUCUACUGGUGAAACACUCUUUGAGGAUGAGCCUGCAAUCCUACCUAAUCCAGAAAAACCUGGGGAAACAAUCAAAACGAGUGCUGCUCUUUUUAAAAACAACCCAUUUAUCCCAACAAACAUAGAACGAGAACAUUCCUUUGUGCAUACAUCGAAAUCCCAAAGCCCAGCAGGAGACAGUGGGGCAGCUCAGGACUAUCUGAUCGCUAAUGUCAAGGACAGAGCCCAUUUGUUUGAAUCAAUGCCAUUCGACAAAAUUAGGCAUCAGAACAAGGAUGAGGUUGAGACAAUGGUCGAGAACAUCAAGGAAACACUGAACUCCCUUUAUCACGUUAAUGCCAUACAUUCAGAUGGCUCAAUCAUUGAGGUGAAUGAGACAAUGAUAGCAAAAAAGGCCAAAUUCACUCUGUCAGAGAGUGGGCCUAAGAUAAAAUAUGAUGAGGUGGCUGAAGGUGGUGCACAAAACUUCAUACUCCAGUUGCUACCACGGGCAAACCUAAAGCCUCAGAUCACAUACCUAAAAGAGGAUAGUAGAGAAAAGAUGGAGGCCACAGUGGUGAAUGUACCCGUGCAACAGCAUCAGUUCAGUACAAACCAAGACACAGAGUUUAAAACUGCCAAUGUGGUCCAGGUUGUUGAGGAUAUUCUCAAUCAAGACAACUCUCUGAGGAAAGGAGUGAUAAUCCAGGAGGAUGUGGACAGAUCUGCUGAAGUUAUGGUUUACUCCCUCUACAAUUAUUUUGAUGAGGAAGAUGUAAAAAGUUACUCUCCUCCACAAGGUGCACAGUAUGAUGAACCAGAGCCAGAAAGAGGUAAUGUGAUUAAAAAAGACAAUCAAGAUUUAAGAAAAGGCGCUAUUGAGUCAACCAUAAGCUGCCUUCUCGAAACUUCCAAAGACCAAAUCUUCCAAGGAUUAAUAAGGCCUGAAAUCACAGUAAAAGGGAAUGUAAAACUGUUUAAGAGUUGUAUAGAAAAGGGAGAUAUGGAGUAUUUGAAAACUCUUCAGGCUGAGCCAACAGUGCAAGAGCAAGAACUCCCCCGUAACCAAAAUGUGGUUGGACAAGGCAUGGAGCUUCAUCAUGAACAGGGAGGUGAUCAAGUAGAGGAAAAUACGUCAGAAUGGGUCCCAGUGGAUGUAAAGAGACUGAAAAACAUGUUCUCUGGAGAUCCAAGACCAAUCAAACCAAAGCAAAUUGUACGUGAAAAUCAUGCCCAAUCGACCACCAUUUCUGGUGCAUUCACAGGUCAAAAUGUGUCGCUUGAAAAGAGACAGUCCUCUACAGAGUGCAAUGUUGGGGUAUUCUCCCAUGGGAAACAAAAUAAUAUUUUCAGGGAAUGUGGUGCCCAAACACAAGAAGAAGCUUGUAACUCUACAGCUGUACCACAGGGACCAUUCCUACAUCUUGAGACACAGAAUGAUGGCAGGGUCCACCUGGCUGAAUUAGUUGAGGUGGUAGAUGACGAUGUCGAGAUCUCUAACCUCCAAACUGCAAUACAUAGUCUCCAACAGGCCACGAUCAAGGCUAAAUCUUUGCAUCAAUCUUCAUCACAAAAAAAACUGAAAAUCGUGCCUUCUAAGGAACCCGUUGUCUCAGUCACAGGUAACGCCAAACACUCAAGAACAGAAGCAGAAUUACCUCAAGAAAAUGAGCAAAAACACCCACUGGGGGAUGAACCUCUAUCAGCCUCCAACAUCACCAUGGAAUAUAAAACAGAUCACCAACAUGAGGAUAUAGAGACAUGCUGUAAAGACACCAAUUCUGAAGAAGUACAAACUACUGAGACAAGCAGUAAAAUGGGUCAAAAAGGCACAGAGGUGGUCCAGGAAUCUGCUAUGGUGUCUGAAACAACAGCUGUACAGCAAGGGGAGGUGGAAGUUGUUUUUGAGGGUAAACUUCAAGCAGCUUUAAAUUCCCUGGAGAGAUCCAACAUUAAUGUAAGUAGAGGGGAUUUCAGAGCAGCUAUGAUAUACAAAAACUCCUCCAAACCUCACAAAGAAAGCUCUCAAAAUUUGGAUGCAGUGUCCGUUAAAAAGCUCACUAAGGAGGACUUUUGCUCUGUGGCUGAACCUGAAUCAACUCAAACACCACUGACACAAGAGUUUUCGCAGGAACAAGUAACUGCAGCCAAUACAGAGCUCCCAAACCAAAGUGAAACCCUAAAUAAAGCAGCUACAAGUGCUGUCGUAGAGAAAAGAAAAAGGCCUGUUGGUCCAAAACCAGCCAUCCCACCUAAACCUGAGCAUCUGAAAGAGAAACAAAGACACAUUCAAUCAACCAACACAAAGAAUCCUGAGGCAACCCAAACGAAUACUGUCAGUGGUGCAAACUCAGGACCUGAUUCAGUGGAUCUUCAAAGAAAUGAGCUUUCUGAUGAAGCUAUACCAAGCUCUGAAGUAAGGCAUCAAGUCCAAGGUUCAAGUGACAAAACAUGUAAGAAUAUCAUUCAACAACAGCAGAUAAAUGUCACAGCAGAAGAGAAACCCCCCCAGGAUUUUCCAAUCCAAGAUAAUAUGAAUGAAACAGAUGAAAGCCAUGUAGAUUUUCAUGAAGCAUGUAAGAAAUUUGGGGGCAAAAAGACAAUUUCAGUGAAGAAUGCGCCUGUAAAGCCCAAAAGAGUCAAAAUUGCCCAGCCAGGCAAGAAAAACCCAAAACACAUGUCUGAAGAUAAUAAUUCCUCAACUCUUACACAUGUGGUUCAGGAACCACAACAAACUCUAACUGAUCCAUCAUGCAAUAAUCCCAGCACCUGUGGACAAACUGCUGGCAGCAAAGACAAGCACGAGGAAGAAAUUAAACAAGAAAGCAAAGUUGAGAUGAGGGAAAAGAAAGGACGAACCGAGACAGAGGACGAAUGCCGACAGCGUCUGUCAGUUCACAUGGAUGAGAUCAUGAGAGAAAACAUAACAGCAGCCAUGGGAAUUUUUGACAACUUGCGAAAGCAGGAGGAACUGCAGAGCAUCCUCAGUCGAGUUGAAGAAAUUGAACAGGACACGAGCGAGGUUGAUGUAAGGUCUCUGAGGGGUGUAUUUGAGAACGUCCCUGACUGGGUUGUCAGCUCUGAAAAAAAGAAACAAAAGACGGUAAAAGUAGAAAACAAAGAAGAGAGGAUGCCGUUAACGAGAGACAUAACUGAAAGCAAGACCUCAAUGGCACAUGUUUUUGGAAAUCUUGAGCGAGCCAGUGAGGAAAUCAUGAAUCUAAAAGAACAAACUUUAGCCAGACUUAUGGACAUAGAGGGAGCCAUAAAGAAGGCUCUUUAUUCUGUCUCUACUUUGAAAUCUGACUCAGAUAUUGCUGGUUUAUCCUGCCUCUUCAAAGAGUCAUUAGGUACAGUGGAAGGAUUCCCAUCCUCUGGUAAUAUUAGCAAAAUAAGCAUUGGCUCAAACAGAACAAAAUCACUGUCAUCACAGGAAAGCCCUGCAGCACAGGGAAACACAGCAUUAUUAGUUAGCCAGAGAGCAAGCUCUGAUGUAGCCUCUGCAAAACAACGAGCAAGUCCCCCAUCUUCACCUGCCUUCAUCUCCAUCCAGUCAUCUGCUAGAAAGAUGGAUAAAACAGAGGUACUUCCACCAGAGACCACAAUCUGCCCGACAUGUCAGCACAGCCCAAAGACAGAGGAGAAAUUCCGGACAACAAAAACCCUGACAUGCAACAGCCCUGCUCAAAAUAGAAAAAGGGACCCCAGAAAAGGAGGUCAAAAACAAUCCCCUCAAAGCCCCCUUAACCCUAAACGAGAGCUCAGUGUACUUGAGGUGCAGACUGACCAUGAGGGAAACAGUAUUAUGGGUACCAAAACAGUCACAGAGAACUAUGAGAAGACUGAUAACUUUGGAAACCGGUUUUAUUCUUCCAAAACCUCCACUCUCAUCUCUGGUCAGCCAGAAACGACAACAUCCAUAGGUCAGGUCACCAAGUACCCAGAAGUUCAGCUGCCGAUCAAUCAGAAACCUUAAAUCCUUGACAGAUAGGCGCUCAUUGUUACCUAUUAGCUAAGUGCUGGCAGUGUUUUUCAUAUUCUGAAUGACAAAGUUGUUGUGUACAUAAGUUUAUUUCCUAAGAUAUGUUGGUGUUUGUUUAUUUAUAAGAGGUUAUCAUUAGUUUGAGAUUUUCUUAUUGAUUAUUUAUUUUUAGCUUGUAAUCUUUAAACUGCUGUAGAUUGGCUUUUGAAAUUAAAUAUGCAUUAUUGGCUUUCAUUUA